CUACUCUUAAGUGCUAGGCUGAACGUCGAUGCGGCAGCGCUCAUGCGUCCACCAUCCUCAAGUGUAUAUGGCACCCGUUACACUUUCACAUAUCGUAUGUACUCACAUACUCUCAGUCUUCAAUCCUUCUUUCACUUUACCACAUACAUGGGGUCCCUCCCAUCGCCAUCGGACUUGGAGCCACGUAUAUACGUCUAUCCUUUGCAUUUUCUGGGGAAGUCGAUGUAUUGAUUAUUACUUAAAGCUCCCUGCGCGCAAGGAUAAGUGCAAAUAUGUGUUUGUAGCGCCACUCCUUGUGCUUAUCGUUCACAGUUCUCCAGUCCUGAACAUUCCUCUCCUUCCCUUAUCAACAGACUCGCUUAAUUAUUGAUCUAUUUCCAGACCUAGACUUUAUCCCGACCCCACCCAAGAACGAUCGGCCUAUCUGUACCAGUUAUCAAUGACGAUGGUGUCAAUAGUUGUAUUCAUGUCGUAAUCUCGUUCGAUGCCUCAUGCUGACAGACGUACUACUUUCUCUAUGAUACAAACACAAUGCAAUCACUGUUGCUUCCC